ACAUCACAAAAAACAUUUGCCCCCUAUUGUACCAGUUGCAUGGUAUGUAAAGCAUUGGAAAAUGAAUAAAUCAAUAAAAAGCAGCACUCUUUUAACUGUAUGCUAUACAGUUGAGUUUGAAGAUACUUUCCUCUCGGUUUUAAUGGGGAGGCAGUAAUACAACGUUAUACUUCAGCCUUUUGAUUGAGCUAGUGAAAUAUUUGAAUUAAAAGCGCAGAGAGAGAGAGACAUCAGAACUUUCGAAUAAUUCGAAACGAACAUCAAACUUUCCAGAUCUUAUAUUAACGCACACUGAAAGGAAAAAAAAUCGGAAUUAGAAAUAUUCCAUGAACCAAGCCGUGUCUUCAACCGAGAAAUAAGGACGUACGGAUUACAUUUUGGACCAAUUUCAUCGGUUUCAUUAUCGGAUGUCGUCUGCAAGAAGCAAGUGCUAGUAGAAGGACGAAGGAAUGUUGUUUCUACAUUUAUGUUGAGAAAAGGUGAUCUUCCUUGUCAUCACUUUUGAAUGAUUAAUGAACAUCACAGAUUUAAUUUACAUGCUAUUCCAACGCAUUUCGUUUACAACUAUCGUGCUUAUAAUAAUUGGUCGAGGAUUGUGCACCAUUUUUAUGCCAAUUUUUCUUUUUUGCCCUCCGAUAACUUUGAGCGCCAUCACAUAUUGUGACGUAAACAAUGCGCACCCAAUAAAAUUUUUUUUCGCGCGCUACUAUAAUCAACAAAAAAUAGUUUAACAACGCAGAAGGCCUAUAUAGGAGACAGAACACCAUCCUUUCAGUUAAAACCCAUACCAUUUUUUUACUUUCCACUCCAAGGAAAACCUCAAGAGCAUAAGCAGUCUGAUUUUUUUUUAUGAAAUGGUACACAGUGAAAGUGAAUGAAGCUAACAAGAAAAUAACAAAGUGCAAACAAGACGAACUCAAUCGUAAUCUUUCAAGUUCACUCUAGAAUCACGAAGGUAAACAAUAGUCCAAUAACAAUAAAACCCUCUUGGCAUAGACCUACUUUAAAGUGAAUCGAAUAGACUCUGAGCUAUAACUUGAUAAUUUUCAACCACAAAAAGGGAAACACUAACAGAUAGGGUAACAAUGUGGGAAUUCAUCGAAGGUACUCGUCGCCCAGGUCGACAAAAUGUCCAAAGCGGAGUCGUGCUCGUCAUCAUCACGGUGUUCGUCUUCAUGACCGCCUAUCCCGCGAAGGCCGCUCUAGCAGACGAUGCACAUAUUCGUAAUGAACGCGGUGUUGUGUUCAGCGACCAGGGAAAUAUCCUUUACGACAACGGAACUCUCGUGUUCGAUGCCGCUAUGCGGAACGACGAUAUCGAUGUUUAUCUGAUUGAUGAUAUGGAUUAUGAGUGGGAGGGUAUCGGCGAUCGAGCUGCGGGCUGGGUGCGGGAAGGAGUAGUGAGAGCAGUGCCUCCGAGCAAAGUGAUAGCGCUCCUGAAAAAGCAUUUAGCUGACGACUUCGACGUCCCCUCAACAGUAAAGGAGACCUUGAAUGUCGAGAUGCCCGUUAUCAUUACGUCGUUCAUGCUCAUCACUAUGGCUAUCCUCAUGCCCCUCGUCGGCAUCAUCUUCUGCUGUUGCCGAUGCGCGGGAAAAUGCGGCGGGACUCGCAAGGAUGAGGACCUCGUUGCCAUGGGAACCAAGGGUGGUAUCAUCGUCUGCUCCCUGUUGCUCAUCGUUUGUGCAUUCAUCGGGACGUUGAGUUACUUGACGACCCCGUCGAUUAUUCGUAUGGUCGAUACCGUUGAACACACGAGCACAAUGGCGAAUAACAUUUUGGAAGAUAUCGAGACAUUUAAAGAUGAUUUCAUACAGGAUUUGAAUCAAGUCGGAGUGGAUGACCUUGGUUUUGUUACAGAAGCUGUCUAUACAAAAUUAGAUGCUGUUGGAGAGGAGGUGGCGUCUCCGUUGUUAUUGGAAACAGCACCGUAUUUGAACGAUUUGUCUGAUUCUGUUGAGAAUUUAGGAUUAGAACUUGCAUCUUUUACGAGCAAUGGCUCGACGUUAGACCUCCUCCUCCAGACAUCUUUAAACCUAGUCUCGGCCGGACAGUCGCUUCUUGAUGCACUUGAUGUAGCCAAAAAUGACAUGACUACAAUAAGAGAUGAGUGUCUUGCUGAUCCCCUACGAGCAUUGUCUGGGGCAUGCGGCGGUAUUCCAGAUCCUUCUAUUCUGGACACCAGCAGUAUAGACUUUAGCACGAUUGACAUCGGGGUCGUUGACCUUGAUGACCUUAGAAACGAGAUGCAAUCCGCCCUAGCAACCAUUCGUGACCUGAUUGACACGGGAAACGAGACGUUGCAAGAUGUUCCUGAAUUGAUAGCUAACACAAGCGUAACAUCAAUCGAUGAAAUUCGAGAUGCAGUAAGCCAGUUGCAAGAAGUGGUCGAAGAACUAGUUAACGAAACCUCUCAGUCAUUAAACGAAGUAUUUGACUCACUCCACUUUGAUACACUGAAAGAGACAAUCGACACAACAGUUCAAAUCCCAGUAGAAAAAAAUGUCACUGAUAUGAUUGCAUCCCUCGUACCUGUCCUACUAUCCUUCAUGGUUAUCCUUACCGGUCUUGGGCUCCUCAUUGCCCUUGCCGGCCUGAGGUGCAACAACGGCCCGGACAGUCGGGGCUGUGGCUGUGACUGCGGAGGCAAAAUGUUGAUGGGAUCGGUAUGCUGGUCUUUCUCAAUCUCAUUGUUGAUAUGUUUACUUGCGGCCUUCCUUCUCAUCCUAGGCUCUACCCUCACCAUCGUCUGUGAUUCGCUCAUCGACCUCUCAUUCAUCCAAGAGGUUGUUGAUGACCCAGAAGUGUGGGGAGGGAGUCCCAUAACGGAUCGCUUUUCGUUUGGCAAUUCAACUUUCAACGUAACUGUCUAUGAAAUCUUAGAAAAUUGUGGAGAAGAUGCCACGCUAUUUAAUGCCCUUGAACUUGGAUCGUCCGGACUUCUCGACGUCGUCAACGAUAUGGACAUAAGAGAGAUGCUGCCCGAUCUAACCAGUGUUUAUGAACUGGUCAAUGAUACAGUGUCCGGCUUGGAUGUCUUACCUAGUGAUGAUGCUAACGCCCUCUUGAGCCAACUGACCAGUCAGCUAUCGCCCUCCAACAUCACAGGAGCUAUCGGAGAGAUGCAACUUGGACUUGAUCAGUUUGCAUUGACAAACCUGAGUGACGCCCUCAACACUGGAGCUGAUGCUGUCUUUGGAAGCUUUCCGGUGAUGGCAUCCGACUUGCGUGAUCUUGCCGAUGAUUUACAAAGCAUCAAUGACCAGCAACUCCAACUCACGCUUAAUCUUACGGUAAGACAAUAGUUAUGUUCACAAGAGAAUCGGAUCAAAUUUUGAAUUAUAUGCCCGUCGAAAUAUUUGAUUUGAUUCGAUUUCCACAUUACAAUAACAAGUACAUACAAGUAUAAUCAUUUUCAACAGAACAUAACAAUAUGCAACAACAUAGCAUUAUUCCAUAAAGUAAAAUUAUAUUUUUUAUUUUUAGUCGAGAGGAAGAGAAAAAUUCAAAUGAGAGAGGUGAAUACACGGUACAGCCUUGCCGAUCCGUUUAAUAUUCGGAAUAUAAUUAUUGAGCCAUUUUGUUGCUUUUUUAAUAAAGGAGACAUUCACCCUGAGGUUAUAAUGGUUCUAAUAAAAAAAAACAUGAGAAAACUGUUAAUGAGGAUGUGGCGAAAAUCCAUCCAUUAAGAGGCUGUAUCCUACAAGCUUCGCUUUUUUUUCAAAAGUAGCCUCCUCCUUUUCCAACCUGUUUGUAUGAUAAUCUUUGUCCUCGUCCCAAUGUUAUUGUCUGAACGCCACUAGUUCAACCUCGUUUCUAAUUUCAUUUACCCCCUCUUCUUCUACCGAAUAACUUUGACAUGAAAAAUAGGACAAUAAGACGAUACAAUUAUGCUCCAUUUACCAUAGCUACUUAAUAAAAACACACACAUAAAACAAUGGUACAUUUUACCAUGGACCUAUAUAUUACGAAUGAUUUUACGAAGUAAUUAAAUAUAUGUAUGUAUUUUUGAAAAUGGUAUGACUACAUUAGAUAAUUAUCUGAGUGAAUGACUUUUUUUAUGUAUUACUAUUCUACUGAAUCAAAGAGAUACUUAUUCGUAAAAUCCAGUAAUCAUAGCGGAAAUAAUCUAACACAUAUCGGUGUUGUCUGGCUAAUUUUUUAUCAC